GGCAGGAAAUUGAGGGAAAAGGGAAAAUCUCCCAAGUUCUGGAGGAAUUCCUGGGAUCCCAAAACUCAUCCUGACCCCUGGUUUUUAACCCUUCUCUGGCUCUCCCCUGCAUAUUUUGGGAUUUUCCCUUUUCCUGCUCCAGGCUCUCCCAGAAGACUUUUUGGAGGAAAUUUCCCCCCCUUUUCCCCAACCUCCCCGUUAAGAUUUUUGGGAUUUUCCCCCACUCCCAUGCCCGAGGACGACUCCAGGGAUACCCCAAGCAGCAGCAAACCGGGAUGGGGCAGGAUUUGGGAAUGCCCGCAAAGCCCCAAACCGGGCCGGGCACAUUCCAGGACCGCGGGAGCGGCCGGCUGCCGUUGGAAACGAAAAUUGCCCAACGUGUCCAAGCUGACUCAGGCCGGGCGGGGCUCUGGAACUUUCCCCGAGCUUUCUUCCCGAUCCUACAACUCCAAACCGGAGCGGAGCAGCCGCGUAUCCCAGCCAUGCCCACGGAGACGGAGCGCUGCAUCGAGUCGCUGCUGGCCGUGUUCCAGCGCUACGCCGGCCGUGAGGGCGACGCCUGCACCCUCUCCAAGCGGGAAUUCCGCGCCUUCAUGGACACCGAGCUGGCCGCCUUCACCAAGAACCAGAAGGACCCGGGCGUGGUGGACAGGAUGAUGAAGAAGCUGGACAUGAACAGCGACGGGCAGUUGGACUUCCAGGAGUUCCUGAACCUCAUCGGGGGCAUCGCCGUGGCCUGCCACGACUCCCUGGUCCUCAAAGCCCCCAAGCCCUAAAUCCAGAGGCUCUGGCUCUGCCCCGGAUCCCCCUGGAAUGCCCCAUGGAAUGCUGGAAGUGAGGGAACGCUCGCAUUCCCUUUUUUGCCCCUGCUUUUUUUAUGGAUAAAUAAAAGGUUGAAGACCCCAAGAGAUUCUGGGAUCAGCGAGGGGGGGAAGAAUCCCAAAGUGUUCCUCACCUGCUUGGAAUUCCAGGGAUUCCCCCCAGGGAUGGGGAUCCAACCCUCCCUCAGCCCCUUCUGAUACAUCCCAACCCUUUUUCCAUGGAAAAAUCAUCCCAGAUUUCCCACCUGGCACAGCCCGAGGCCGUUCCCUCUUGUCCUGUCCCCAUUCCCUUGGAUCAGAUCCCAAAUCCCUCCUGGCAGAUCCCAAAUCCCCCCUGGAUCCCCCUUCUCUCCAGGCUGAGCCCCCUCAGGAUCCUCCCUUCCCUUUUCCAGCGGCUCCAGCCCCGUUCCCCGGACACUUCCAGCCCCUCGUUCCAUGCCCUGGCCAUUCCCAGCAGGACAAUCCCUGGAAUUGCAUCCCUGGAUCCUCCCCCGUUGUUAUUCCCGCCCCUCUCCCCUGCCGGGAUGGGAAUCCACCCAAAUUUGGGAAUCCCGGAGCCUUUUCCAUGCCCUGGGGCCAAAGCCGGGAGUGCCAAAGGACAAAACUCCACCUGGAAAUGCAGGACAAGCCCUCAGGGUUAAUUGGGGUGUUAAUUACACCCCGCUAAUUAACACACCCAGCUCCAAAUCAUCCCAGGAGCACCCGAUCCCAUCCUCUGGAAAAUUCCCAGCUCUCCAAGCACAGGUGGGAAAAGGGAUUAAAUUCCAAUUUUUUUUUUUGUGUGUCUGGAGCUGCAAACCAGGAAAAUCCAGGUGAUUAAUGAACUUUAUUAAUGAGGGGAGCUCAUUAAGUUGCCAUGACGACAACAGAAGGCGUCAACGAACACAGAGCCACUUCCAGAGGGAGCAGGAUUUCCCUGGAUUCGGGAUUUACAGAGCCAGUGCCGGGUUUUCCAAGAAAAUUUUUAGGAUUUUAAGGGGAGCAGAGGAGGUUGUCUCCCAACCAGGAUUUGGGAAGAGCCUCCCUU